GUGAUCAGAAUAUUUUACAUGGCAUCGCCCAGCAACUACUCCACUGCUCCAGUCUCUGAAUUCUUCCUCAUCUGCUUCCCUAACUACCAGAGUUGGCAGCACUGGCUGUCCCUGCCCCUCAGCCUCCUCUUCCUUUUGGCCAUGGGGGCGAACACCACCCUCCUGAUCACCAUCCGGCUGGAGGCUUCACUGCACGAGCCCAUGUACUACUUGCUCAGCCUCCUCUCUCUGCUGGACAUGGUGCUUUGCCUCACCGUCAUCCCCAAAGUCCUGGCCAUGUUCUGGUUUGACAACAAAUCUAUUAGUUUCUCUGGAUGCUUCCUCCAGAUGUUCAUCAUGAAUAGUUUCUUGACCAUGGAGUCCUGCACCUUCAUGGUCAUGGCCUAUGACCGCUAUGUGGCCAUCUGCCACCCCCUACGGUACCCAUCCAUCAUCACAGACCAAUUUGUGGCUAGGGCUGCCAUAUUUGUUGUGGCCCGGAAUGGCAUUCUUACCAUGCCUAUCCCAAUCCUUUCUUCCCGACUCAGAUACUGUGCAGAGAACAUCAUCAAGAACUGCAUCUGCACUAACCUAUCUGUGUCCAAACUCUCCUGUGAUGACAUUACCUUCAACCGGCUCUACCAGUUUGUGACAGGCUGGACUUUACUAGGUUCUGACCUCAUCCUUAUUGUUCUCUCCUACUCCUUCAUCCUGAGAGCUGUGCUAAGGAUCAAGGCUGAGGGUGCUGCGGCCAAGGCCCUGAGCACAUGCGGUUCCCACUUCAUCCUCAUCCUGUUCUUCAGCACAGUUCUGCUGGUUCUGGUCAUCACUAACCUGGCCAGGAAGAGAAUCCCCCCAGAUGUCCCCAUCCUGCUCAACAUCCUGCACCACCUGAUCCCCCCAGCUCUGAACCCCAUUGUUUAUGGCGUGAGAACCAAGGAGAUCAAGCAGGGAAUCCAGAAAUUGCUGAGGAGGCUGAAGAACUAA